CCGCAGAUCGUCGGGGGAAGUGGUGGGCGUUUCUCCGCGGUCGUUAGCUGACUGUUGAUGCUGAGAAGAUUUUUCCGACGUUUCCUGCCAACUCUCCAGAUGUUUCUCCCUACACUCGUAGAGGACAUGCAUCACUUCAAGCCAAGCCGAGAUAGACUGUACACCACCCGGUGCUGUGGAUGUUGCCAUGUUCGGACUGGGACUAUCAUCCUGGGAACAUGGUAUAUGGUGGUCAACCUGUUGAUGGGAAUCCUGCUGACCGUGGCUGUGACACACCCAGAGAACGUACCGACUAUUGACCUACAGUAUGAGGUCAUUGACCAUUACUUUGCUUCCGAUAGGAUGUCCGAAAAUGCCUGUGUUGGAUUUGCCAUCUCUCUGCUGAUGCUCACUAUCAGUGCUAUGAUGGUGUACGGAGCAAUCACUCACCGUGAUGGAUGGCUCAUCCCAUUUUUCUGCUACCAGCUGUUUGACUUUGCUCUGAGCUGCCUGGUGGCCAUCAGUUCUCUCACUUACCUUCCCAGGAUCCGGGACUACCUGGAGCAGCUGCCGGAUUUCCCGUACAAGGAUUAUCUUCUGUCUCUGAACUCAAGCUGCCUCCUCCUCUUUGUGCUGGUCUUCUUCGCCUUCCUGAUCAUUCUCAAGGCUUACUUGAUCAACUGUGUGUGGAACUGCUACAAGUACAUCAACAACAGGAACAUGCCAGAGGUUGCUGUGUACCCGGCUUUUGAGACCCCUCCCCAGUACAUUCUGCCCACCUAUGAGAUGGCAAUGAAGAUGCCAGAGAAGGACCCUCCUCCCCCUUACAUGCCAGCCUAGUCACCAGCCGUGUCACCAGGACAUGCACAUGCACACCCAGCCAUCAUAUGCAUUCCUACAUGCCCCCCCCAUCUAAACACCAUGAAGCCCUUAUCCUUCUCUGAACCCUCUGUGUCUGUGUGAAUCCUUUAAAAAAGUUCUGUUCAAUCUCUCCGCCGUAUUUCUUUUAGUGUUUAUAGAGCAUCCUGGAGAUGUGAUGGGGGAAAAAAUGUGGGAAAAUUAAAAUGUAUGCGAUAAUGAAUGGAUGAAUGUGGUGUUUGAAAAAGCAUUGGAAGGAACCCCCUUUACCUUUUCUACCCUAAGCCCUCAGCCCUUUUUUAAGUCUUAGUAAAAGGGAUAUGUGAAAAAAAAAUUGCUUGAAAUUUGCUCAUCAAUCCAGCACCAUUUUAUUGAUAGAUCAAUAUAUGAACUACUAAAGAAUUGUUAAACUAUGACAAUCUGCUUCUUAGAGCUCUUAUUGUUCAGUUGUAUUGCAGUUUUCUGCUGUAUAAGACCUAAAAUAUUCCACUUCUAUUCUGAUUUGAAUCUUUAGCACAUUUUUUUGUCUGUAUUUAUUUAGCUUCGCAGUAGUACGGUUCACAGUGCCAUCACCGCUUUGCUGCAGUAGCGUUUGAGCAAAGCUGCUGAGUUUUUGUUUUUUUUUCAGCUGGAAUUGAAGGUGAGAAGAACACUGAUCGUUUUUUUUCUCUCCCUCUUUCUCGCCUGAUGUGUGGAGAUUAACGGCUAGUCUUGUGAACAUUAGUUGUUGCAUGCUUAUCAACGUGAUCCUCCCAUUGCUUUAUUGGUAAUGAUUUAAAUCCCUGUGAAAAAAACAGUUGACUAAAAUAAAUAUGUCAGAACAAUG